AUGCUUUUAUCUUGCCUAUUUUUCCUAUCCUAUUCUCUUUCAAAGGCUGACUUUUACGAAUCAUUCGAAUCAGAAAAUUCAAUGAAUGGCUGGAUAUCGACAAAGGCACCGGAUUAUAAUGGCGUUUGGUACUUUGAUAAUAAGACUAAAGCAUUAUCAAUGGCCACUUACGCAACAAGAUAUGCCAUUACAAAGAAAUUCAGUAACCCAAUCAUUUUAAAUGACAAAGAUUUUAUAAUUCAGUUCGAAGUCGAACCGACCACAACAAUUGAUUGCACAGGAGGAUAUUUAAAGCUAUACGGCAAUAAAAAUCUCAAUGAAAGAGAUGUUUCGAACCAAACAAUGUAUACAUUAAUGUUCGGACCUGAUAGAUGUCAAGAUUCAAACUCUAUUCACUUUAUUAUCAAGCACAAAGGUAUCGAAAAAAGUCUUAAAAUUCCACCACACUCUAAUUUAGGCAAUAAAACACACUUAUACUCAUUAGUUGUUCGAAAAAAUAAUAACUUUGAAACUUUCAUCGAUAAUGAUAAAGUUCGAAUCGGAAAUUUCUUUACAGAUUUCUAUCCUCCAAUCAAUAUUCGCGAAAUACCAGAUCCAGCAGACAAAAAACCAAAGGAUUGGGUUGAUGAUGAAUAUAUAGUUGACGAAACCGCAAAGAAACCAGAAGAUUGGGAUGAAGACGAGCCAGAAUUUAUACCAGAUCCAUCAAAAAUCGAUCCUCCCAAAGGAUGGCUCCUAAACGAACCGAAAACAAUCCAAGACAAAAAUGCUAAGAAACCAGACGAUUGGGAUGAAGCUGUUUUCGGCCAAUGGGAAGCUCCGCAGAUCUCCAAUCCCAAAUGUGACAAAGCUCCAGGUUGUGGUCCAUACGAAGCACCACUAAUUCUCAAUGAAAAGUACAAAGGAAAAUGGGAACCUCCUCGUUACAGAAAUCCACUUUACAGAGGUCCAUGGAGACCAAGGAUGAUUUCAAAUCCUGAUUACGUAGAAGACAAACAUCCAGCGAACUUCGGAGAGAUAUGGGCAGUUGGAUUUGAGCUUUGGGCCGUGACUCCUUCUCUUUCUUUCCGAAAGAUUUUGAUUGAUACAAAUAAUGUUGACGAAAUUGUCAAUGAAAUGGAUCAGAAACAGAAGAAAAUGGUCCAACAAAAGAAUGAAAACGAAGAAAUUAAAUUCAAUCCUGUUUUGAAUUUCGAAGAUUUGAAAAACAUUGACAACAAAUUGCCAUUCUUUGAAGAUCUUGUGAAUUCGUGGUCGGAAUUCUACAAGAAAGACAAAGGAAUGGCUAUUAGCAUGCUUUUGACAAUGAUCAUUACACCAAUCUUUGGAUAUUAUAUUCAUAGAAAAUUUUUCUAA